AUGAACGCGAGUGUCAUGACAGAUGAUCCUCCUCCGUUUUGCACGAAAAACAAGCCGCCCCUCUUGACAGCCGAGCCGCAUGCAACGUUCCGUCCCGACCUCGUGCUGUUCCCCGCCGUCAGGUCGCCUUUGCCAGUGUCGGACAAGACGGUAGCAUCUACUUUUGUCUCCACCACGGACACGUGUUACCCCAAGUGUAUGGAUACUGAGAAAAAUGAGCUUUUCAUUGAAGCAUCAAUCCAAAGCCCUAAAGCUGCUACUACGGACACGGAAUCGACAACGUGCCAAGUUGAGCCGGAGCAGACGAUUGAUCUGGAGGAGCUGGGCCUGGAUGUAGCCGUGCAGACUGGGCAGCAGCAGGGGGAGAGUAUCAUUGUGGACUACGAAGACAGCGACGGAGACCGCGUGGAGCUUCGAGACAAGGCUUCCGCGUGUACUCCCAGUGCUUGUGGACCGUUGACGAGCAGCGUGGCAGCAGCUGAUGACUGGAACAGUAGCCGUGGUGGUGCCCGUCGUCGCUCCCGCUGCAGCAGCUCCGAGAUGACGGUCAGUAUGCAGAAAACAUGUUUAUUGUAUCAACAGGAAGAUGUUGAGGUGUCUGAAGCAGACGCAGAAGAGGAAUCGCGCUGCUCCAAGGUGCUCAAGCUCUGCAUGUGCGAGGUGAAGCUGCACCGCUCGCUUGAGUCGUGCUGGCUGGUGUCCAGUGGCCAAGUGUACGAUGUGACGGGGCUUGUUAUUGCACACCCUGGAGGUGUCCGCUCCAUCCUCCGUAAAGCUGGCGGCCCCGACUGUGCGCGGGACAUGAAAUUCCACACCAAGAGCGCUCGCAAGAUGAUGGAGAAAUGUUUCAUUGGCAAACUGGAGCAGUGCGGCGAGGACGUCGACUGUGGUGGUGAUGCCAAUUGCAACGUGAUGUAG